UUCAAAAAGGAAGGAAGAGACGGCAUCUCGAAUUAGAGGGAAAAGAUUACUCCAUCAAAAAACAUGACCAACCAACUCUGCAAGCUGUUUGUCGGUGGACUGAACGUACAGACCACAAACGAUGGCCUUCGUUCGCAUUUUGAGCAGUACGGCCAGCUCACCGACUGCGUGGUGGUUCAGAAUCAACAGCUACAGCGGUCCCGCUGCUUCGGCUUUGUGACCUACUCGACUGCGGAGGAGGCCGAUGCAGCAAUGGCCGCCAGGCCACAUGUUGUAGACGGCAACAACGUGGAAGUGAAAAGAGCCGUGGCGCGGGAAGAUGCCGGGAAGCCAGAGGCCCUCGCCAAGGUGAAGAAAAUAUUCGUCGGUGGUUUAAAAGAUGAUGUGGAGGACGAGCACCUCCGUGAGUAUUUCUCCCAGUUUGGCGCGAUCGAGAAGGCCGAAGUCAUUAGCGACAAGCAGACCGGCAAGAAGCGUGGAUUCGGCUUUGUGUACUUUGAUGAUAACGACUCGGCAGACAAAGCGGUGGUGCUGAAAUUUCACACGAUCAAUGGACACAAGGUAGAGGUAAAGAAAGCCCUCACUAAGCAAGAAAUGCAGUCUGCAGGUGGCCGAGGUGGCAGGGGGAGAGGCGGCCGAGGAAUGGGAAGGUCUCAAAAUGGCUACGGUGGCGGAAGAGGUGGUUACAAUAGCUAUGGAGGCGGCUAUGGCGGCGGUGAUGGAGGGUAUGGCGGCGGAUACGGUGGCGGCUACGGAAGCCAAGGUGGUUAUGGAGGGGGAUACGGAGACCAGAUGGGGGGUGGCUAUGGUAAUGGCUACAAUGACUUUGGAGAUGACUACGGCCAACAGUCAUCUGGCUAUGGAGCAAUGAAAGGAGGAAAUUACUCCGGCAGAAGCGGCGCACCAUACUCCCGUGGAGGAAGCGGUGGCUACGGAAGGGGUGGCUAUGGAGGCUAUUAAAACGGUGCACCCAAUUGAUUGAAAUGUCCACAUACCUUAUUUUGGACUUUAGGGACCUUGUAGAAUUGUAGAACUGAUCAGAAAUCUUUUUAGGGGCCAGGGGGUGCUCAUACGCGUGGACUAUUGCUACAGUUAGCAAUUCAACAUUGCAACCCCCACCACUUUCUCUAACCCUCCUCUCCGCCAAUGAGGAAACGGCGCCUGUUCAUUGGACAUGUGUGUAGUUUAACUUUCCGUAAUGUCAUGGAGAUGUAUUUCAGUUUAAAUAUUUUAGCGAUGUUUUGUAUUUUUAAAUAACGGCUGCACAGAAAUGAGCAAAACAAUAUUCACUACUCCCAUGCUAACUAUUCAGUCCUCUGUUGCUUUAGCUAGCUACACGAAACUCAGGGGUAUUGAAGUGUUAAAGGCAGUUCAGCGUAUGUUAGUUUGUGAAAGCGGUUAAGUUAUUGUGAAAGAGGAAUGAUAUUUCAGAACUGUCUGUUUCCUUUUUAUAAUUUAAAUGUGACGUUUCAUUGAUACUAUUUUUUUCUUCCAAGACCGUUGCUGUUCAUACUGUGCGAAUCAAUGCAGUUCUGUGGAAUGUUUUAGUCCUGAAUUUUAAUUGAAU